AUGGACGAGCUUCAGGCAAAGCACCGCAAAGAGCAAAAAGACCUGCAAGGGCGCAUCACUCAGAAGAAAAAGUCCGCGACGAAGAAGACCCGCAAAGGCGUCAAUGAUGACUGUGAACGCAUGCAGCGAGAGCUCACUGAGAAACAAAAAGUGGAAGUUUCUCAACUAAAUGGCACUUCAUCCGAACCGGUGGAAGGCUUGGAGGAUCUCAGUCUGGAGGACGAAACACGGGCCAAUCCCGAAUCCAACGAAGACCAGAUUCUCAACACUGCAGAACCAGAGUCAGAAUCAGCUCCUACCCCCGAACCCACAACUCACACCAAAAAGCCUAACCGACAAAAGGCCCGCCUGGCCCGUCGGGCAGCUGAGCAGGCUGCGGCAGCCGAAGCAGCCGCCGAGGAGGCCGCCAACCAAACUGACUACAGAGGCAAUGAGAAAGAGGUGAUGGAUGCGGUGUUCAAGAAGCUUGGACUGAAGGAGAUCGAAGUCAACCCCGACGGACACUGUCUCUAUUCAUCUGUUGCUAAACAGCUGGAUGAUUCCGGACUUGGCUUGCGGCCGGACCCAAGCCGAAUUGUUCUCGAACCGACGACACAGUCGCGCAUUGACACUGUUGCAUCGCCACAGCAUGACGGGUACCGAGCAGUUCGGGCUGUGACGGCGGAUUUCAUUACGCAAAACAAGGAUGACUUCGAGGCGUUCAUGGAGGAGCCAUUGGAUGUAUACACGCGGAAGAUUAAGCUCACCGCUGAGUGGGGAGGACAACUGGAACUGCAAGCCAUUGCUCGGGCGUAUGGACUGGAAAUUAAUAUUGUCCAAAGCGAUGGACGAAUGGAGAAGAUUGAAUCGGGCGAUAUGGAUAGCUUUGAUGAGGAGGAAAAGCUCAAGCGCGUUAUCUGGCUGGCGUACUACCGCCACUCUUACGGGCUGGGUGAGCACUAUAAUGCUCUUACGAAGAAGCAGUCUUAA